GACGGACAAUUGACAAGGGGGCGGAGUCUGCCCAGGCAGAGCAGGCUCGCGCUCCCGAGGCUCGGGCGCCGAGCGGGGCUGGCACCUCCGGGCCGGUUCUGCGGCCGCGACUUACCGUCAGAUCACGCCGAGAGACGGGUGGCUGAGGCCAUACUAUUUUAUAGAAUUAAUGGAGAGCAGACAAGACAUCACAAACCAAGACGAACUUUGGAAAAUGAAGCCCAGGAGAAAUCUAGAAGAAGAUGGUUAUUUGAAUAAGGAUCCAAGAGAGACCAGUGCACCGAAAAGACCUGUGCUUUUGCACUUGCACCAAACAACCCAUUGUGAUGAAUUUGAUUGCCUCCCAGAGCUUCAGCACAAACAGGAACUCUUUCCAAAGUGGCGUUUGCCAAUUAAAAUCGCUGCUAUCGUAUCAUCUCUGACUUUUCUUUACACUCUUCUGAGGGAAAUAAUUCACCCUUUUGUAACCUCCCAUCAACAGUAUUUUUAUAAAAUUCCAAUCCUGGUCAUCAACAAAGUCUUGCCAAUGGUUUCCAUCACCCUCUUGGCACUGGUUUAUUUGCCAGGUGUGAUAGCAGCGGUUGUGCAGCUUCAUAAUGGAACCAAGUAUAAGAAAUUUCCACAUUGGUUGGAUAGGUGGAUGGUAACAAGAAAGCAAUUUGGUCUUCUCAGUUUCUUUUUUGCUGUACUGCAUGCAGUUUACAGCUUAUCCUAUCCAAUGAGACGAUCCUACAGAUACAAGUUGCUAAACUGGGCAUAUCAACAGGUCCAACAAAAUAAAGAAGAUGCCUGGAUUGAGCAUGAUGUUUGGAGAAUGGAAAUUUAUGUGUCUCUAGGAAUUGUGGCACUUGCAAUACUGGCUCUGUUGGCUGUGACAUCUAUUCCAUCUGUGAGCGACUCUUUGACAUGGAGAGAAUUUCACUAUAUUCAGAGCAAACUAGGAAUUGUUUCCCUUCUGCUGGGCACAAUACAUGCAUUGAUUUUUGCCUGGAAUAAAUGGGUAGAUAUAAAACAAUUUGUAUGGUAUACACCUCCAAAUUUUAUGAUAGCUGUUUUCCUUCCGAUUGUUGUCCUGAUAUGCAAAGCCAUACUACUCCUGCCAUGCUUGAGAAAGAAGAUACUGAAGAUUAGACACGGUUGGGAAGAUGUCACCAACAUUAACAAAACUAAGAUGUCUUCCCAGUUGUAGAAUUGCUGUUUACACACAUUUUUGUCCAAUAUUGAUAUAUUUUAUCAUAAACACUUCAAAUUUGUAUUUGUUUAAUAAAAUGACCACUUGAGGAUCUUAACCUA